CCAAAGCGCGUCAAAAAGCAAAGCUUUCAUCGUCUUCUUCAUCCUGGUAAUUUUGGUUACCGGGAAAACACGCAGAAACUCACCCUCACAGAAAACGCAGAGAUCGAGAGGGCAAAAGCCAGCCCUCUCCCUCUUCCCUUUUUCCAUUUCAUUUUCCAUUUCAUUUUCCAUUCCCACCAAUAACGAUAAAAUUAUUAUCAUAAUUUGAUGUUAAUAAUUAACAAUCAUUAUCGUAUGAUUCUCUUUCACUCUCCGAUUCAAUCCCUUUUCUUUGAUGCGACGCUCGCAUGCCCGCACUCGGGUCGGUUCCAAGCCCAAUAGCCAAAUGGAUCCCGUGAAGCUCCAGAUCCGCCCCAACCAACGAUCCUCUAAUCUCUUCUCGAAGAGCAAAACGUCCAGAUCAAGCUUCUUGUCUAUCUUCUUCGCCGCUGUUUUCAUCUUUAUCGCUAUUUUAUCCUGCUAUUUUUUCCUCAGAAAUGGGGAUUCUCUUGAUUCCCGUAACAGGUAUCGUAUUAUCAUUGAUGGAGGCAGCACGGGCACCCGGAUUCACGUGUUCGCCUACCGAAUUGAGGGCGAAAAACCGGUUUUUGAUUUCGGGGAUGGGGCGAUGAGGGUGAAUCCGGGACUGUCGGCUCAUGCGAAGGAUCCGGAAGGGGCUGGAAGGUCCUUGGAGGAGCUCCUGGAGUUUGGGAAAGGGAGAAUUCCGAAAAAGCUUUGGGGAGAGACGGAGAUUCGGUUAAUGGCGACGGCUGGGAUGAGAUUACUCGAUUCUGAGGUUCAAGACAGGAUUCUGGAGUCGUGUAGAAAGGUUUUGAGAAAGUCCGGGUUCAAGUUCAGGGAUGACUGGGCCUCAGUUAUUACUGGCUCCGACGAGGGGUUAUAUGCUUGGGUUGUUGCCAACUAUGCAUUGGGUACUCUUGGAGGUGAUCCGCGUGAAACGACUGGGAUUAUUGAACUUGGUGGAGCUUCUGCUCAGGUAACUUUUGUUUCAAAUGAGCCAAUGCCUCCUGAGUUCUCACGCAUUGUUAAGUUUGGGAAUAUUACUUACAAUAUCUACAGCCAUAGCUUUCUUCAUUUUGGCCAGAAUGCUGCAUUUGAAGCAUUGAGGGAAUCACUUGUGUCGGCUGACUAUCAACCAGCAUCUGAAUCACUUGAGAAAAGAAUAUUUGUAGAUCCCUGUAUUCCCAAGGGUUACUCAAGUACUAAAGAAGCUUGGAAGCUCUCUCCAGCUUCAAUGGAAAAGAAUAAAUUUAUAUCCAGUCUUCAUUCAAGGGGUAACUUCUCUGAGUGCAGAUCUGCUGCAUUAAAACUGAUUCAGAAUGGAAAAGAGAAGUGCUCUUAUCAGCAGUGCUACAUAGGAUCAACAUUUAUACCUAAGCUUCAGGGAAAGUUCCUGGCAACUGAGAAUUUCUUCUAUACAUCAAAGUUCUUUGGAUUAAGUCCGAGAGCAUUUCUUCCUGACCUGAUUAUGGCUGGAGAACAUUUUUGUGGAGAAGAUUGGACAACAUUGAAAAAGAGACACCAUUCAUUUGAUAGUGAUGAUCUGGUGCAUUAUUGCUUCUCUUCAGCAUAUAUUGUGGCCCUACUUCAUGACAGUCUGGGUAUUGCAUUGAAUGAUAGAAGGAUCAUAUAUGCCAAUCAGAUUGCAAAUAUGCCUCUUGAUUGGGCAUUGGGAGCUUUCAUCUUGCAGAGUUCUGCUGCAUUUGACAUGCAGCACCUGGAUUGGAUUACCACUAUUAUUAGUGAUAAGUCACCCACCCUUGUAUCACUAGUCGCCUUUGCCAUACUGUUGAUGUUUAUGGCCUGGUCUAUAUCAAAGUGGAGAAAGCCCCAGGUGAAGACAGUUUAUGAUCUAGAGAAAGGGCGGUAUAUAGUUACUCGUGUUGGAAGAAGUUGAUAAUCAUAUAUGAAGGGGAUGAAUGCUUUUUUCGGGGCAUUGUAGAUUAGGAGGAAACUCCAGCGAAAUUACAAUCAGCAUUGAAAUAUUUUGAUGCUUCCUCUCGUUACUUCCAAUUGCCAAAGUUAAUAUCUUAAAAGCUGCCCUUUUUCCUUGGGAAGGUGAAAGUUAUAGUUGUAGCAUGCUGGAGAAUGUGGAGCAAGUAGUGAAAAGCAUAGGAUAAAAUAUUAGUUUCCCCUUCUUUCUGUAUCUAACGGGAUCCAAAACCUCAAUCUCAUUACACCAAAUGCCAUCUCAUUAUAGGUAAUAAUAUAAAUAUAAGAUGAAAAAUAACUCGGCCAUGUGGGUAACUACUUCACUCAUUUGUGUGCAAAUAUUUACUUAUUGCUAUAUGCUUACGAUUUUUCAAAUUUCUGAUCUUCCAGGUUCUCCAAACAUCAAAGAACCUUUUUUUUUUUUUUUUUUUUUUUUUAAAUUUUAAGUCUGUCCCUCUGUUGCUUUGUGAUUGUCAAUUUGAUUCGGGAAAACUCUCCUUGUAUUCAUUUUCCUUUCUUGUUUUACGAGGAGGCUGGAUCUUUAUUUAUUUAUUUAUUUAUACUUAAAAAUUAUUUGGUGUAAUGUAUUCGGAGAAAAAAAAAGAAAAAGAAAGAAGAGUAUAUGAAUUGAUUCGACCUUGGUUAUAGUAGGACAAAGUAUAAAGACUGCCUGUUGCUGCAUAUGGCAGAUGAUAUAUUCAAAAUCUGAGCUUGCAUUUCUUAUCAGAUUA